AUGCCAGUGCAGAUUGCGGAUACCACCCAUGGCCCGUCUGGAGCAGUUCCAGAGGCCCCCUCGACACAUAUGGCAUCCGAUAGUGAAGAUACCCGAGGCAAAUCACACCACUUGGGUCUCAAAGAAGAAUAUACCACAAGCGAGUGCCUCGGGGACACCGAGUCUGCCUCCCCGUCGGAAUCUUUGGGCACUAUGAUUGACUUGGAAUCACCCCGGGAUUCCCAAGACGAUUCUGAAAUUUCUCCAUUGUCGGACCAUCUCCCUCCAUUGCGUUCAGUUUCCCGCUUGGUCCGCUUUUUUCCAGAGCUGUCCUCACACUUCUCCGUUGUCUCCCCGGCCAGCGCUGAUUUCAAUAUGGACCGCUCGACGGGGCCCUCUUUUUUCGAACGGGAACUAGAAGAACGAGUGCAUACUUUAUAUCGCUCUGAAGGCUUCGCUUGCGAUGCAUAUGGAUCUGCCGAUCGACUGGAUAUCACCCUCUCGUCUUCUGGGACUGAUGAGACUUUGGAUUGUGCUUCGUCGUGCUAUAGCCAUCGCAGUUCGGUGACCAGUGUCGGCAGCACAUUCUGGGGAGAUGAUGGACGAUACCCGUAUAAAACCGCCGAUGCAUACUCGAUCUAUUCCCCCGUCGCCGCCGGGGUCUUCGACGAUACCCACUCCAUAUGUUCCUCGCGGCCUUCCUCGCCCUGCCACCUGCACGUGUCAAAACUCGGCUUCCCAAUCCUCAGCACUAAAAAUGCAUCAAUGAACAACCACAGGAACAAGCCCUUGCCACUAGAACCAUUCUUCGGUCCCAGUUCAGUCUCAAGUCGGCCCGACUCCCCCCUUUCGGUAGUCUCACCACGCAAGUCACAGUGGUCAAGGCAAUUCUCCAUGAGAGACUCGCUGUUCUCGUUGCGACAAUCUACGGUGAGCCAUGACGACUGGAAGCAUUCCAUGUUACACCAGUUGAAUACCCACCGGCAAUCCGGCCAUCCAUGCCAUAUAUGCGGACGCAGUCAGGCUCAGCCGCAGCAUCAUAGUCAACGGUCAGAUCUCACUAGUCAUCGCACUCGUCAUGUCCCAACAUUGUCGCAGGCCGCCGAGGAACUCGAAGAUACCCUUGCGGGCCUGAAUGACCAGGAUUCAUCUCGCAAGACGCUGAUCCUUGACGGGCCGCUGCAGAUCAGCCGGCAUAAUGGGGACUUGAUUGCUAGCCGGCCCGCGCCCCUCCCCCCCUCCACGAAGCCUCACUCACAGACACCGCAAGGGAAGGCGGCGAAGAACAGUCGGGUGAAUACGAUCAUAUCGAGGGGUUCGAGUCUAAGCAAAGAAAAAAGCCACAAACUUAGUAGGAGGGAGGGGAAGGACAAGGCCCGUCGAUCGGGCAGGGAGGAAAAGGAGAUUAACGAAAAGCCCGACACAAAGGAAAUCAAAAAAGCAAAAUCCAAGAAAUCCUUCCUGGCCUUUCGCAAGCAAAUGCAAACGCCCCGCGAUGCAGUUAGCGUCAGCUCACGGUCGGAGGACUCUCUCAUGACAUUGGAAUCGCGUUCUGUUGAUCCCCUCGAUCUGCCCCCCACGCGCGACAGCCUGCUACUUCAAUUGCCUCGUUUGCAAACGAAUCCCGGGAAUCCCUUCGAUCAAGUCGAACAAGCGCUGUUGUCCCCUCUCGCCAUGGAGGUGAAACUAGAGAAGCCCAUAGCCUCCAAAAUUCGUCAGAGUUGGGCCCUGGUCUCGACUGCGCAGGCAAGCAGCGUCCAACUCGCCGAACAGAUCUAUGAACUCCCCGCGACUCCCCCGUCUCCUUCAUCCGCGCUCCCUCCCAACGUCAAUCGCAAUGUCCCAGCCAAUAUCCCCCUCCCUGAGGAUAUGCCGGUGGAUUUGAUUCUGUCAAUUAUGCAGAACAUCGACUCUCUAGAUGACCUUUUCAACUUCGCCCUCGCGAACAAAAAGAUCUACACCGCGUUCAAAGGCCGCGAGCUGCCCAUGCUAAAAAACGCCCUGUUCAAAAUGUCCCCGCCCGCUUGGGAAAUGCGUGAGAUGAGUCCGCCGUGGGAAAUGGAGUGGCAGCUCCUUCUAAAUCCCGACUCCCAGGUUCCGGAAUACACGCCCACGCUCUAUCUGCAGAGGUACGCGCAGGAUAUAUACACCCUUGCCAAGCUGAAGGCGUUGGUCCUUGCGCGAUGCUCGCCGUUCCUGCGUCGCGAUACCAUUCGCGGUCUGGCGGGUGUGGAUAACACCCGCGCUGAAGAAGUCGACGAUGCGUUCUGGCGGCUCUGGACCUUCUGUCGGAUUUUCGGCAGUGGGAAGGGGCGGGAGAAUGAUAUCGCUGGCCAAAUGGACUGGUUGAAGGGUGGUGUCCAGGCGAAGAAUCACUUCACCUCGGCUUCGACGAUGACACAGCCUUUCGCUAUGAAUAAUGUUUUGUUUGAACCGCCUGAGGGAUUCGGUCGUGGGAAUCUUUCCGGUCUAUCGCAGAAACAGAUGUACGAUCUGACGGAGAUCUGGACGUGCAUGGGUGUUCUGUUGCAGCCGCUGCAUGGAAAAUGCAUUGAAGCUCGCAAGGUCGGCAUUUUCGAUGGCAUGAACGUCCCAGAUGGUGAUCUGGCUCGCGAGGAGACCGUUCUCGAGGAAUGGACUUCCUACAUUCUCACUCUCGGUCUAGGCGCCGUCUUAACACUCAGCUCGGUCUGCCCAGCCGACACCACCGCGGCCACAUUCACAAAGGCGAAGUCAAUCGGUCUCGCGAAGUGGGAACCAACCGAAACCGAAGCAAGUCGCUCCUCAUUCCUGAAAGAAGCAGUCUCGCGCGCCUACGAGCUCCAAGAACGCGCCCUCGACAGCCCGACCGAACUCAGCCCGCAAAGAACAAGCCCUAUCGAAAAUGACCGCGAGAUCCGCGAGCGUCAAGCCGGAUUCGCCCACGAGCUCCGUCGCCGCCGUAAGCAUGGUUUCGAUCCCGAUACCACAGGCCGCUUUUCCUUCUCUGCUGAACGCCCCAUGUCGGAGUUCAGCACUAUUGUCCAUAAUCUCAACGGGUCGAUCCGAGAUCACCGGCCUAUUCCGUCUGUGCCUGCGCUCGUUCUUGACAGGUCCUCGACCUCGACUGCUGGGACUGCUCCUCGUACCCUGACUCAUUCGUCCGAUCAUACUACUGGCUUUGCUGCGUUUUAUACUCCUCCGCCGGCUAUGAUGCCUCUGCCUCUGCGGCCGCAGGUUCUGGACCCUGUUGACCGCGCCAUCGAUAUGAUGGUCAAUGAGCUUGGCUUUAAUACGCAAGAUGCUAAGUGGGCUCUUAAGAUUACCGACACUGGUGAAGGGAUUGAUGCUUCUGCUGCUGUGCGGUUGCUUCGGCGUCAACGGGAAAAUAAUCAGCGCAAUCCCCUUGGUCAAGGCAAUACCCCGCUGUCGGAUGUUAUCAAGCGUCAAAAGCCACAAGAGUCGGGCUGGCGCUGGGCUUGA